CCAGACACGGUCGAGUGUCGGCCGGACAAGAAAAUCAACUCGAACGUAGUGACGUAGCCACGGUACGCACUGUGUCACGAGAUAACGUAACGAAUGCGUGAUUCUGACUCAUUUCAAAAAGGGAAAUUCCCGAAGGGGAAAAGCGUUUUUUACACUUUGCACUUCCCGUUGGAGUUCUCUGCACCGCCCCAAGGAGGUUUGAUAUGCAGGUUCCAGAUGCGUCUGACAGAAAGAGGAGAAAAGUAGAUGGCGUUGAACGGAAAUUAGAUAUUGUUCGCAGACGUAUAAGAAAUCAGAAUGUUUUUCACAGAAUCCAGCAACGUGAAAUACACAAGUUAAAGCCUGGAACUCCAUGGCAUGUGACGAGAGAUUUUUACAAAAAUAUAUUUCCAAAUUUUACUGUAGUAAAUGUUGAGAAGCCACCAUGUUUUCUAAGAAAGUUUUCACCAGAUGGACGACAUUUUCUUGCAUUUUCAGCUGAUCAAACAUCAGUGGAAAUAUUUGAAUUCAAAGGCUGUGAUGCUGCAGAAAAUCUUCUUUCAUCAGUAUCCAGUGAUGUCAUGCAUGAAAAAUCAAGUCGUUUACAAAAUCCAGCAAUAAAAGCUUUUUAUGACAGAGUGAAAGAGCAAUUAUUUGCAACGUUUUUCAAGCGAAAACAUUUAGUACCCGUGGCAACAGAAGGUCAACAUUUAAAUAGAGAAUGCAGUUUGUUUACGGAAGAUUCUCGUUACGUUAUUGUAUCUGCCGCAUGUCACACAAGACAGGAGCCAAGACCAGCCUUUUCAGAUAUUUAUACAAACAAUGAGAGUAUUAGUCCUAACCCACGUUCACCACUGGAAAAUUAUACUCUGCAUGUAGUAAACAUAAAGACUGGAGUUUUAUGCUUCAGUCGGGAAUUCAACUGUGACAAAAUAUUUCCUUCUCACAACCAAGGACUUUAUCUGUAUCGAAACACUCUUGCUAUACUUUCAGUUCAGCAUCAGACUAUAUACAUAUUUCAGGUAACAAAUGAUGGUGAGUUGAUAGAAACAAAUACAAUUGGACGAUUUUGCUUUGAUGAUGAUCAGUUUGUUUUAUCAAACUUGCGAGAUCCAGCAGCAGAAGAAGCACUGAGAAUGCCUUAUGCGGAGAAACCCAUCAAUUCAUUAAAGCACAGGAUUCUUGUGCAUUUAUACAAGCAAGCAGAAAAGCAAGGGAGAGAACAUGUUCGUCGUUUUCAUCAACAUUUUGAAUUUUUAUGUUCUCUCAGGAUGUGGAAAAUGCAGUUGCUAGAUGAGAACCAUCUUUUAAUUAAGUAUGCAAGUGAAGAUGUUGUGAGUUCACGAGUACAAGAACCUGGAGCUCAGCCAUCAUUUUUUGUUACAUAUAAUAUACCCGAUGCCAAGGUACUUGCAGUAUACGAAAAUACGUCAUGUGAUCUUUUAUCCAUCUUUGAACGUCAUCCUGAUUUAUUCAGGCCUCCAGGAUCUCCAGCAGACACUGGUAACCCUGGACAACCAGGCGGUGCUUGGCAACAACAAGCAGCAGCCGCAGCUAAUGUACACACACUCAAAAUACAAAAGAGAUUCAAAGAAACAAUCAUAAAUGCAAAAUAUGGUGGUCAUACAGAAGCAAUCAAAAGACUUCUUGCACAACUACCAGUACCAGCGCAGUCACAUAAUUGUAGUCCGUAUUUGGACCUUUCUUUGUUUAGUUAUGAUGACAAAUGGAUAUCAUCACUCGAACGUCCUAAAAGCUGUGGAGAUCAUCCCAUAAGGUUUUACGCUCGAGAUUCGGGAAUACUGAAGUUCCGCAUUUAUGCAGGUAAAGGAGGAUCUCAUCCCGCCACGUCAUCAAGAAGAUUAGUAGCUUUCACUUUUCAUCCAUUCGAACCUUUUGCAAUUUCAGUGCAAAGAACGAGUACCGAUUAUGUAGUUAAUUUUCAUUUCCGACAUGCAAGGGGUGCAGAUGGAUGAUUUGAAAGUUUUAAAGCAUUAUUGUUUAUUUUUCAGUAUUUCAUAUAAACGUUUCUAAGAAUUGUGCAGUUACACUCAAUGUUUCUAAACAUUAGUCAGUUACUAGCAAAAUUCUUUUGGACUAGUUGGUGGGACCUAUAGUGUCUUUAUAAAUCAUUCUUGUAAUGUAUUUUUAUAUUGUUGGUAAUAAAAUCAGGAAUUUCUG